GACAACUGAAUGAAGUGCAGUCAAAAGUCGCAAUGUUUUGCUGCAUAGAUACACUACAAACGUGCUACAAACGUUGGUCGAUUGUUGGAAGACUUUUAGCUGCUUUUAGUGCAUUUAAAGUGUGAAAAUGUCUACGUCUGCCUUGGCUUCGUUGACCGCCACUUACACGGACUCUGAAGGCGAAGAGGACGAGAGGGAAAACAACGUGGAAAACACUGACUCGCAGUCGCCCCCCGAUUCGGUGUCGGGAAGCCGAAGCGCCCCCAGUUCGAUCCCCAGCAGCCCCAGCGUGCCCACUACCAGAGUGGCCAAGCUGGUGUCCUAUCAUGACGACACCAUUGCCUCCGACGACGAGGUGGAAAUUGAAGACGAGCCACUCCAGGAAAAAGUGGUGGAGAACGAUAAGGACAAACUACAAGAACCGGUGAUCAAUGCUGACGAUGAAGACAUGCUGAUACCAGGAGAACCGCCAGGCAGCUGCUCGGCCGACCUGCAAGACAAACUGGCCAAACUGUACGAGAAAAUGCAAACCCAACAAAUGGACAUGAACGCGGUGAUCCAGAAGCGAAAGGAUUUCCGGAAUCCCAGCAUCUAUGAGAAACUGAUCCAAUUUUGCGAGCUGAACGAACUAGGCACCAACUAUCCUCCCACCAUAUACGACCCUUUGAAAUGGUCCAAGGAGUCCUACUACGAGGAGUUGUCGGAUGUGCAAAGGGCCGACAUGGAGAGGCGGGAGAAAGCGCGCAGAUCCAAACUGGACCUGGUCUCGAAGAAGGCCGAGGACAACAAGAACAAGCGCAAGAGCAAAUGGGACAUGCCAGGCGGAGGAGCGAUCAAAUUGAACCAACCGGGGCUAGUGGCGCCGCCCACACUAACCAGUUCGGCGACAGGAACCAAGAGCACGGUUAUUUCCGCAUUUGGUUCCUUACCAAAGAAACCCAAACUUUAAAUAUUUGUUUGUAAAAUUAUUUUGUAUUAUAGCUUUAUUUUUGCCACUGUGUUCAUUCCGAUUUGAGUAUGUAAAAAGUCGCAUAAUUAAGGGAUCACUGAAAAUGCUCAGUGUAAUCAGUGAACCCGUUUUAGUUAAUAAGUGAAAUAUAUAGAUAGAUACAG